AUGACCGCUGCCGCAGCCACCGCCGGCAGCACCCACAAGCUCACCAGCACCAAGGAGGAGAGGAAGUUAAGGAAACCCCUCAUUGAGCGGAAACGAAGGGAAAGGAUUAAUAACUGCUUGGACCAGCUGAAGGAGACUGUUGUGGGCGCAUUUCAUCUGGAUGUAAGUGCCUAUUUUUAUGCUGCUUUUUGUCCUUUUGCUGGUGGGGGAUUCAUUGGGGGGGGUAUCUCUCUUUUGAGAAACUGGGCAGACAUCCUCGAAAUGACGGUGAAGCACCUCCAGAACAUCCAGAGCAGCAAGCUGAUGGCCGACUCCAAAGUGGGUCUGGAAGCCCAGCAGCGGUACAGCACCGGGUACAUUCAGUGCAUGCAUGAAGUGCACAACCUCCUCCUCACCUGCGAGUGGAUGGACAAGACCCUUGGGGCACGCCUCUUAAACCACCUGCUGAAAUCCCUACCCAGGUCGGGCGAAGACGCCUGCAAAGUGGCCUUAAGGUCUUCGAGCCCAUCUCAGCAGCCUCUCUUGACACCAAAAAGCUCCCUGAGCCCUAAGGGGAGCGCUCGGGGCACAAACCCAUCACAGGAGCGCUUCUACCCCACAGAGAACAAGCAGGCUUCAAAAAAUUCCUUCCAGCUGCCGUCGCUGUCAGUGUUCAGCCAGGCUGAACCUCCCAGACAGGUCCUGCAGCCAAAUUUUUCCCAUAACAACCCUAGAAUGGGGUCAUUAGAUAUGUGGAGACCAUGGUAA